AUGCACUCCAAGUAUUGCAGAACUGAUCAUCCUAACCAGGUGAGGGCCAAACUGGGAGACUCUAUGACCUGGAAACAGAUGCUGAAAAUGAAGGAACAAGAUGAAAAUCUCUACACUUGGGAGUUGGGUCAAUGUAACAUCAACUUUUGGCAGGACAAAUGGUGCCCAGAGAACACUAUUGAACCUUUGGAUGAGAAUUUGGACAAGAACUUAAUGGUGAAGGAUUACUGGGAGGGGCAAAAGUGGUCUCAGGAAGUACUCCAAAAGGUUGUCACAGAAAACUCCAUGAGGCAGAAAUCUAAAAUCCAAUUUGACAGAAAUAAUAAGGAUAGGAUGAUUAUAAAAGUUAACUCAACCCAAAGUGUGACCCAAGCUAUUUACAAUCAGCUGUUCACCUGGGAGGAAACCUCUUGGGGUGAAAAUUUGUGGAACAAAUUCCUAUCCCCCUCUAUGGAUUUCUUCUCUUGGAUAGUGUUGAAUAACUUAAUCCCUACUGAUGAUAUUCUCAUGUUAAAGAGCUUGAAGGAGCCUUCAAAAUGCUAUCUCUACCAGAACAGUGAUGAGACAGCUACUCAUCUUUUUUUCCAGUGUGACUUCUCAAGGAAGGUUUGGGGAUCCCUGACAAUUAAUUUCCACAUCAACACUAUCAACUUGGGAUGGGAAUAA